AACGACCAUUCACAAACAAAAAAUGUAUUAUAAAUUGAGCCUUCACUCUCACUUCCAUUUUCUUAUAACUUAAGUCUACAACGCUUCCAUUUCCUCAUCCCGCCAUGUCCAACUCCAACUCCAACCCCAACCCGAAGAAGAGCCGUGGCCGCCAAAAGAUCGAGAUGAAGAAGAUGAGCAACGAGAGCAAUCUCCAAGUCACGUUUUCGAAGCGUCGCAGCGGGCUUUUCAAGAAGGCGAGCGAGCUCUGCACUCUCUGUGGCGCUGACGUGGCACUGGUUGUGUUCUCUCCCGGUGACAAGGUGUUCUCCUUCGGGCACCCCAACGUGGACGCGGUCAUAGACCGUUAUCUGGCGCGGGCCCCACAGCCCAACACGGGCACCAUGCACUUCAUCGAGGCCCACCGCGUGGCGAACGUGCGUGACCUGAACGUGCAGCUGACUCAGAUCAACGGGCAGCUGGAGUCGGAGAGGAAGCGGGCCGAUGAGCUGGCCCGGCUGAAGAGGGCGACUCAGGCCCAGCUGUGGUGGGCCUCUCCGAUCGAUGACAUGAGCCGGGUCCAGCUGGACCAGUACAAGGUGGCUCUGGAGGAGCUGAAGAAGCACGUUGCACGCCUUGCUGAUAGGGCUAUGCUUCAGAGUGCUGCAAACCCUUCUCAUCAUCAUCAUCACUUUUUCCCUGGGGCUUCCUCCUCUUCCAACGUUGUGAAUCAGCCACAUAACCCUCAGAUGUUCCCGCCACAGAUGAUUCAGCCUUCCAUGCUUCAGAACUACAUGUUUCCUGAUGGGACCAUCAUGCACCCCAAUGGCUUCAACAACAUGGGAUUUGGACCUGGCAAUGGUGGUUUCUUUUGAUCCGUUCACAUCAAUGAAUGAAUCAAUGGAUCCAUGGAUGCCCUUUCGUCUUCUUUUGUUUUCAUCUACCUCAGCCCUACCUAGCUUCAUUAUGCAUGACAAAUGGUUUCGAUUGAUUAGGGUUCGGAUAUUCUACACAUAUCCUUCAACCAUCAUCGUCAACUUCAUUUCAUGUAUCGUGUUAGAUGUUUUCCCUUCGUGUUGUUGUUGUUGUUUCUUCUUUGUUAUGUAGUGUCGACCGGUGUAGUUUCAUUUCAAUUAUUUGAAUAA